AUGCCAGGAGAAAAUGAAACAGGGAUAUUCAACAACGUCACAGAACCUCGAAUACUUGAUUUCAACAUCCCCAUAUUUCGGGUCUACAGAGCAUCGGUUCCGUUAUAUUUCGCGCACUAUACAGUCGGAGAUUGUACGCACUUUUGCAACGGAGAUAAAGGACCUAUGGAUCAUGACAAUGCACUACUACUGGCACUAUUGAAAAAUGCUAUCGAAGGGAAUUUGCUUCCCCCGCUCCCCGAUGAGCGCAAUUCUAGCAGCGGAUACAGCAUUGAAAAGCGAUGGGAAAUGUUGAUGGAACAUCCCACCGAUUCGCUAAUGGCCAAACUGGAUGUAUGUGCUCCAAUGCAUGAUUCCAGCAAGCACCAUAAUUGGGAGGUCGAUAAGCAUGGCCCAAUCCCAGAGGUCUUGGAAGAGUGUUUGCGACGAUCAGAAGCGAUUCACUCUUCACGCUAA